GUGGGGCACCAAAUGCGCACGCGCAUACGUGACUCCUCGCCAGUCUCGAGCGCGUCUGAAGGGAGGGAACUGGCCGCGCAGGCAGCGGCCUGACGAUUUCCAGGACUACGGUCCCCAGAAGGCCUUGCAGUGGAGCAUGCGCAAUGUGAACAAUCGGGCCUGAAGGGGGUGGGGGUCCGGGAGCAGCUUAGUACAAACACGUUGCCUGGAGGCAGGGCGAGGCCGCUGCACUCGGGUCCCAGCGCUGCCCCCCCCCCCCCGCGUGUGACCCUGUGGCUCCGGCCUGAUGGAGCAGCGGCCUGAGCGCAAGGAACUAUAGCCAGGUCUCAUCAGUCAUCAGAAUGCAAAGGAAUUUAAUACAGACUGUGUUUCAGCUGGCACAUCGGACAUGUUUGGUACCACAUCGCACUGGUUUCCUUCAACACUUAAAAGGGAAACCAGUUUUGCCUCAGACUGGAUGCAAAGUGGUUUUGGCAUUGGGCCCUGAAAAACAGUGUCUCCAUGCAUCUGCUGCACUCUGUCUCUCAAAGGAAGGAAAGUCACUGGGUGUAUUUUCAUCCCAACCAGAAAGCGCUCACCACAAAGAACAAAAGGAAGAAAACCCUUUGAAACCAGCUAGUGAUAUACCCCAGGGGACGCCUGUAGAAUCAAGUUCUUUAGAGCCUGAUCCAUUACAAGACAAAUCAAUUAGUCUCUUUCAGAGGUUCAAGAGAACUUUUAAACAGUAUGGAAAAGUUAUGAUUCCACUGCAUCUGUUGACUUCCAGUGUAUGGUUUGGAUCCUUUUACUAUGCAGCCAUGAAAGGAGUGAAUGUCGUUCCUUUCCUAGAGUUCAUCGGUGUACCAGAAAGCAUUGUAAGCAUUCUGAAAAACUCUCAGAGUGGAUAUGCACUAACUGCAUAUGCAAUGUAUAAGAUUGCAACUCCUGCCAGAUACACUGUAACUUUAGGAGGAACAUCCAUUACUGUCAAGUAUCUUCGUAAGCAUGGCUACAUGUCCACACCUCCUCCGGUAACAGAAUACCUGCAGGAUAGAAUGGAAGAAACAAAAGAGCGUCUCUCAGGGAAAAUGGAGGAAACCAGGGACAUGAUUAGUGAGAAGAUGGAGGAAACAAAGGAUAGAAUAACAGAGAAGAUGGAAGAAACAAAGGAUAGAAUAACAGAAAAAAUACAAGAAACCAAAGAUAAAGUUUCGUUUAAAAAAAGAAAAGAAUAAGAAAAUGCUCAGCUUAGGUUGUGCAAAAAAUUAUGCAAUUUAACCCUUUGGAGCAUCCUGAUAUGGACUUUCUGCUGAGCUUUAUUUGGCUGACUGGAGAAUAUCCGUGUUCUAAGGAGUAAAGAUUUCUGUAAAUUCUUUAAUGCUAAGAUUCUUUUUAAAAGAAAAAAAAUCUGUCUUAUGAAAGAAAAUGAAUCUAGUAUUAAAAAUCCAUAUGUGCAAUGGCAACAGUGGUGGUCAGUUUUUGGUAAGUCAAGAUGCUUCUCUAAAAUCCACAAUAUUAUUCUGGUCGUCAGCUGGGAACCACCAUUGUGUCAGACUGGUUCCUCUAUUCCCUGGGAAUACAGAUUUUUAUUUUUUUUUCAGAGAAAGGACGUGUCUUUUUCAGUCAGAUAUACCAUAACAUACGCACUAAUCUCUCUCUAACCACUGCCAUCUCAAUUCUGAGACAAACCCUUUGUGCUGGUGCUGCAAGUGAAUGAACUAAUGGGCCAGAUCCUUAGCUAGUGUAAAAUGCCAUAGCGACACUGACUUCAGUUGAGUUACAACAGCUUACACCAGCUGGGGAUCUGGAUCUUUGUUUUAAAAAAUGGUGUCUUGAAACUUUCAAAGGCCUUUCAACUGAAAAUUAUAGUAAGAUGAGUUAAUUACAGUAGCCAGGUAUUCAUUUAUACUUUUUGUUUUUAUAUAAAGUUGAAUUACAAUUGAGAAUGUUAUAGGAUUGAAUAAAAUGUACUGACUGUAACUGCAUAUGGACUAAAGCAUAACUGGUUCAUUUUCAUCCAGAAUGAUGCUGUAAUUUACUGACGGUGUUCUGCUUUGUACGAGCUUGCAAUAAUAAACAUUAGUGCAGACUUA